CUCUCUCUCUCUCUCUCUCUCUCUCUCUCUCUCCCUCUGUCAAAAAGAAACGCCAUUAAAAACCCAUCAGUAUCAGUUACGCAAUUUCUCAAGGGGGAGACAGGUAAGAAGAGAGAGAGAUUUGGAAUCUGCAAUGAAUGUAAAAGGAGCGAAAGGUGGGAAAGAGAGAGAGAGAGAUGAGCAAAUCAAAAAAAGCACUAAUGGCGCUACUGCUUAUGAUGAUAGGCUCGAGAUGAAAGGUUGGGCGUUAAUGGUUACUUACAGUUGUGUGAUGGUAUAGAGUUAGUAAGUUUACCCUUACUGAUUUGGUUCAAAGGACGGGAGAGAGAUACUGUUUUGUUCUGUCGACUCUACACUACACUUUGAUGAACAUGGAGUUUUUCGGUGACAGCCAAAAUCACGACGGCUCUGAAACCGAUAAGAAGAACAAGAAGAAGAAACGAUUUCACCGUCACACUCCUCACCAGAUCCAACGCCUCGAAUCUACUUUCAAUGAGUGUCAACAUCCAGAUGAGAAACAGAGGACUCAACUUAGUAGAGAACUGGGUUUAGCUCCGAGACAGAUCAAGUUUUGGUUUCAAAACAGAAGAACGCAGAAGAAGGCACAACACGAGAGAGCUGAUAAUUGUGCACUGAAAGAAGAGAAUGAUAAGAUUCGUUGCGAAAACAUUGCCAUUAGAGAAGCUAUUAAACAUGCCAUUUGCCCCAACUGUGGUGACUCUCCUCUUAAUGACGACGCUUACUUUGAUGAACAAAAGCUUCGCAUCGAAAAUGCACAGCUUAGAGAUGAGCUCGAAAGGGUUUCGAGUAUUGCUGCUAAAUUCGUAGGGAGACCAAUCUCUCAUCUUCCACCAUUGCUAAAUCCUAUGCAUGUUUCGCCAUUAGAGUUAUUCCAUAGCGGUCCUUCACUUGAUUUUGAUCUUCUUCCAGGAAGUUGUUCUUCAAUGGCUGUACCUACUUUGCCAUCUCAACCAAACUUGGUUUUAUCAGAGAUGGACAAGUCUCAUAUGACCAACAUUGCUGUGACCGCUAUGGAAGAAUUGCUUAGGCUUCUUCAAACUAAUGAGCCUCUAUGGAUCAACACUGAUGGAUCCAGAGACGUUCUCAAUCUUGAAAGCUAUGAGAAUAUAUUUCCAAGAUCAAGUACCAGUGGUGGAAAGAAGAAUAACCUUCUAAUGGAAGCAUCUAGAUCUUCUGGUGUUGUUUUCACUAAUGCUUUGAUACUUGUGGACAUGCUCAUGGAUUCUGUUAAAUCAGCAGAUCUUUUUCCUUCAAUUGUUGCAGCAUCUAAAACCCUUGCAGUGAUUUCAUCAGGGCUGCGUGGAAAUCAUGGAGAUGCAUUACAUUUGAUGAUCGAAGAGCUUCAGGUUCUUUCACCACUGGUAGCCACACGUGAGUUCUGUGUGCUAAGAUACUGUCAGCAGAUUGAACAUGGAACUUGGGCUAUUGCAAAUGUCUCCUAUGAGUUUCCUCAGUUUGUAUCUCAAUCUCGGUCAUAUAGAUUUCCUUCUGGUUGCCUGAUUCAAGAUAUGUCCAAUGGCUAUUCAAAGGUUACUUGGGUUGAGCAUGCUGAAUUCGAGGAGCAAGAACCGAUUCAUGAGAUAUUUAAAGAUAGUGUUCAUAAAGGGUUAGCUUUUGGAGCUGAACGUUGGAUCUCUACUCUUCAACGAAUGUGUGAGAGGUUCACGAAUCUAUUGGAACCUGCAACAUCAUCCCUUGAACUUGGUGGAGUGAUUUCAUCGUCAGAAGGGAAGAGAAGUAUAAUGAGACUAGCUCACAGAAUGGUAAGCAACUUCUGCUUGAGUGUUGGCACAUCUCACAACACUCGCUCAACUGUUGUCUCCGGACUGGAUGAAUUUGCGGUCCGUGUGGCUUCACAUAAGAGCCGACAUGAACCAAAUGGGAUGGUUCUAUGUGCAGCCACCAGUUUCUGGCUCCCAAACUCUCCACAAAACGUCUUUAAUUUCCUCAAAGAUGAAAGAACUCGGCCUCAGUGGGACGUCCUCUCAAAUGGAAACUCUGUUCAAGAAGUUGCUAAUAUCGCAAACGGAUCAAAUCCUGGAAACUGCAUAUCGGUUCUUCGUGGUUUCAAUGCAUCAUCAGCACAAAACAACAUGCUGAUCCUACAAGAAAGCUGCAUAGACUCAUCAGGUGCAGCGCUUGUGAUAUACACUCCAGUGGAUAUACCAGCAUUGAACAUAGCAAUGAGCGGUCAAGACACAUCUUGUAUUCCCAUUUUGCCCUCGGGGUUCGCCAUUACACCAGACGGAAGCAGCAAAGGAGGAGGAGGAGGAUCAUUGAUAACGGUUGGGUUUCAGAUAAUGGUGAGUGGUUUGCAACCGGCAAAACUGAACAUGGAGUCAAUGGAGACAGUUAAUAAUCUCAUAAAUACUACUGUCCACCAAAUUAAAACCACCUUGAAUUGUCCUUCAACUGCUUGAGACGUCAUUAAAAGCUAGUAUUUCCCCAUCUGAUUUCUGAGAAGGGUCUUCAAUGAGCAGAGAAGUGAAAGGUCUCAUUAAAAGUAUUUGUCUUCAAUGCCUGCAAAGGGUGUAAGAAAUCAUUAUUCUUCUGGGUAUCUCUCUCUCUCUCGUUCAUUUUUUUUGGGUUUCUUUUUUUUAAUAAGUUUAGUGGAAAGUGGGAGUCAAGAACGCACCAUGCACAAAAAUGUUUUUUUGUAUGGUUCGGGCAUUGACUUCUGUUUGUUUUUUUUCUUACUUCUUUUUGUCUAUUUACAACUACUAAGUUACUAUUAUUGGCUUAUUGGUCUAGUUUAUUUCAUAGUUUCUCUAGCUAUCGCCA